AUGUUCAACAACUUCAGACCAGAUCAGCUGAAGGGAGUUAAAAUAACCGUAAGUGUCCAGUCUCCUCACCGGCUUUUGCACUUUUCAACGUCAAAACCUCCUGAAACGUGUGUCAUUACUUUUGGAAUUCUGCUAUACACAUACGGCCUCAUCUGCUGGUCUCGGUAUAGACAUGCGCUGAGAGUUAUGACAGCAAAAGUGCUGUUUUUCAGUAUUGAAAUUGUCAGCGAAAGUUUUUGCCUAGGUUAAUGUCAUACUUUCAAUAAUAGACUACCAAUGAGAAAUCGAUCUUGUUAGGCUUCCUCUAAAUAGUCAUUGACGAACUUCGGCCAAAUUAUUCAUUAGCAAAAUAUGCUGUGUUUUGGAAGAAACAGCUAACAGGUGUAAUUUAUUCGAUGCUAUCUACAUAUCUUCUUAGGCUUCUCUUAGCUAAUUAUCAAUGAAUUUUGCUAAAUUAUUCAUUAAUAAAAUGCCUUGGUCUUGGAAGCCGUGGCUACUAGGUCUUAUUUGUUUAAUAAGAUUUUUACUUAAAGGUAUCACUACUUUAGAUCUUGGAUAAGGCACAAGUACCAUUUGAGACACACCCUCCGGAAACUUCGCAGUUUAGGUAGUCAAAACUUAGUCUUAAAUGGUGUUUGUCUCUAAAGUUAAACAAGGUAGGAAUUCCGUCUGCUCUUCUUUGACAAGUGGAUGAAAUCUUUGGCUUCUGCUUUCUAAUGUCAUCCAUUAGAUCAUUAGUUUGGCCCUCGCCAUUUAUGUAAAACGAGACUUGAUGUAGUGUUCCCACUUAACUUUUGAUAAACGGAAAGCAGAUUAACAGGAAAUGCAAAGUAGGCUGGACAAAAUCAAUCAUUAUACGGGAGCUUAAGGCUCUGAAACGGAUGUUAAAAAUAAGAUUUCACCACAGAUAACCCAGGAACAAUGGAAUACUUCCGUUUCGGCCGAUGGUAUCCGCUCCGCAUUGACAUAAAAUAAUGACUUGUUGUGGUUCAGUUAUGCCCGGAAACAUCGGCUUCUUAAAAAAGUCCUUGACUUAAGGCAGUUUGUUUCCCUGCUUCAGUUAACAGGUACAUUAUUCACAAAAUCCUGAAUAUUCACACGAAACGAACUUUUUACACUUGAUAUCCCUGACUUUUAUGUCCUGCCCGAGGUUUAGAGUUUUACACUGCAGUUGCGUACCCAGACGCACUUUAUUGGAAGAUGGAACACGCCAAACUAUGUUUUGUCUCCUCUAAAAACUCAAGUCAUGGCCCAAUGGUGAGAAAUCGAUAGUGCUGAAGCCUAAUUAACAAAGACAACGACAGGGUAAUGAUCGCUUCUGGACUAUCAGCCAUCUGGAUCUGAUUAAAAAUGGACAGGAACCAGAAACCAACAAUUCCGUUUCACUGAUUUGUUUUGUAAUAUCCUUGGCUUGACUGUCUUAGGCUAGCAAAGCCUUGUCCACCCUGUUCGGAUACACUUCCUGCGAUAGUAAGUUGCCUUAACUUAAGAACGUGGUGGUAAACACCAGGGGGUUGGAAAAUACGUAGGGUGAUUAGGAGAAUGCAAGGUUUAUUUACUUAGAGAAUUGUGCAAGGCUGUGAGAACGUGAGUAGGUCCAAACGGCAAAGGACUAGAAGAUAGCAAUGCAAGCAAUGUUACUGGAAUUUCUGGCCCUCCGUUUGCCAAUUUUUCAGAAUUUUGAAUCUCUCUUUCUGUCAACCCAGCCUAAAAUUGACAAAUUUGGCGUCAGAAAAUUUGAUAACAUCAAGGAUAUAGUCGAUAUUAAAUGCUAAGUUUUCAAAAUACAUGGCGUUUAUAUAGGAACCGCGGUAAGACUUCAAGACAGAUUGCAACGGCUCCUCAUCCCGUUCUUAGUAGAUCAGCGAGAUUUAGUUUUAGACAUAUACGACAACUUGAUGCAGUAAAUGGUAACACGUCUUUUAACUGACCACGUCCUCAGUAUUUCAUCGAGUCAUGCAGCUAUCUAGGAUAUCCGACUCAAAUAUUUUUCUGGGCCGUUAAUGAGACUUUCUUUGUUGUUUUGGUCUAGUUCGACUCUAACGCCCGGAAAAUUGUGGGCUCUUUAAAGGGGUAAGCGAAUGAAGAUUGAGAUAGCUCACCUUCCCAACAUCUCCUGACUUAGGCAAUAUAAAACACAAGUCAGCCUAUACAAAAUUGACGUGGUUUAUGUUCGUGUGUUUAAGGGUAGAUGCAAAUGCACGCAAAGUCCUACGACUGAAAGACCGCUAAAUGGCAAUAAAUGACACAGGAAUGACAGAGGGUUUAACUAAGAUCUAGAAUGAAUUCCCAUCCAUGUCCACCUCCGCUUUGUGCAGAGAAUCGUAACAACAGGGCGGAUCUUCAGCAGCCCUGGUUCCAUCACUUGACAGGAAUUCUCAGAGUAUUCAGCAGAUAGUAAGUUUAAGGGCCACAUUGUAAUGUUUUCGUGCCGGGCUAACGUAACAAACUUUCUGUGAUCAAGUACUGGAGUUCAGGACCCCGUGACCCCUAGUGGAAAAAUUACGCCUCAGUUUAUUAGUAUGUUUUAUUUCAGUUGACUAACCAGGGGAUGGCAGAGGCAUGAGAAGUCGGAAAUGGGCUAACGCUAGCCUGAGUCGUGAAGUAGGAUGAGAGAAGUUUUCUGUCAUCACUGAAGCUUGGCGAUUAUCUUCCCUGGAGAAAGGGUUCUCACGUACCUUAAGGGAAUUCACAUAUCCCAUGUGGUAAGCUAGCUUGUCAGCUAGAUCGGGCGUAGCUCGUCUGCGCUUGUAAAGAGUUCAAAUCUUCUCAACCGACGACCAGCAAGGGAAGAAAUGCAACUUAGAAUAACUGCUUUUGAACGAGAAAGCGCAGGUUAAUAUUUAUGUGCAAGUGAGUGCAAAGAGGACGUCUGAAAUAAAUAGAACGGUAGAGCAGUUCAAGGAAUUUUUAUAAACAACGUCAUUGCGUAUACUCCUCGGUUAAAUAAUUAGUGCCGUACUAGGAGUCUCACCACAGCUAUUGAUUCCAUACAAAGCAUUCAGAUGCUUUUUUCGAAUUCAAGCAUGUCCUGUCAUGCUAAAGGGUAAGUAACCAUGAAACCGCUCCAAGGCAGAACUCAUAUCAAGUGAGUAUGGAACUUUUAGAACAUAUAAAGUAGCCCUAAAACCCCUCUACAUGCAGUACUAACUAAAAGCCUAGGCACGUCUUUUGCCAAUUUUCGCCUGCUGAAUGACGCGACUAUAACGAACUUGACUCGUUAGUAGACGGCUUUAUAUCCUUGCCGAUAAUUAUUGAACGGACAUAUAGUACGUAGUAUAGACGUUGAAACGUGAUUUCUAAGGCUCGGCUUCAUUUCUUUAUAAACAUCCCGGUUGACUAUCCUUAUGUUAGUGAGAUAAUUGUAUAAUGUUCUCACUUUCAUAGCAUGCAGUGAGAAGAACAAUUCAUGCGCACCAACGGUGGCUUUAUCGUACUCCAAAGUGUCUGACGAUUUUGCUGGAACGAAUGUUUGGAGCAUUGUAAAGGACUUUUUCAUGUGCGAAAUACUACUUACUACAGUAUUUCCAGGUGUAUGCAGCUUGUGUUGAUUUCACUUAAGUUUAUAGUUGUCAAAAAUUUGAUACUUCGGUCAGCUGUGUUACUUGUCCAUGUUGUUUGAGGUGUUUAAGAUAUUCAGCUUCAGUUCCGCACAAUAUCAAAAAGUAGGAACCAAAGCCUCUUCUGGAAGCUCCACUCCACAGUCCUCUGACAGCAGAUUCUCCAGAUACCUCGGGCUCCAAAAAUUCGUAGCUAUGGUGAACGUAAACGUUGUUUUUUUACGACAGUUCUAUCACAUGAAGAAAUGCCCUGAUUCGGUGGCCAUUCAGCUGAUGUUGGCCCACCUUCAGCUGCCGUAUAAGGACGUAUCCAUCAAACAGAGUGAUUGGCCUCUCGUUCGGGAGGAGAUUCUCACAAAGAGAGUGCCCGCCCUCCGCAUCGAACGUCCAGACGGUGGACUCACGUGGAUCAACGAGUCCAAGGGUAUCGUUCGUUGCAUCGGUGCCGCCUAUAACUUGCUUGGCAAGGAUGAAAUGGAAAAAUACUACGUCGACAGGAUUAUAGGCAAGGUAAGGAACAGAUGGGUGCAGUAUUUGCCUUCAAGAUUUGUUUAGCCGUAAUUCCAAGGAAACCUUCGAAUCUUUAAGUAUCAACUGGGUAAAAGUAAACUCCUCGUACCACUCUCAGUUCCACCUAUAGACCGCAAUAAAUUUCACUUAGAGUACGUUUACCGGAGCUAUGCUGAACGAGACCUUACUUAAGUUAAUUUUAGUUAAAUAAAUACGGAUGAACCAUGAAGUCUUUUGGAAAGAGGGAAUCAGAAGCUCCCACAGAGAGCCUUGCCUUAGGGCACCUAAUCCAUCGAGCGGUCGUUUACCCUUGGAAGUUGGUAAUAAAAAAUCGAACUCUGAAUAUAGUUCAACACUUUACUUGGCUGGCGCGUAUCAUGGUUCCGUGAGUUUAAAGGACUAUUCACGGCCGUCUCUCCAGACACAGCAGCCCCAAAAUGAUCUGCCUAUUUUUGUUUACUUGUCUUUGUAGACUCUCGUGUCGUAUCGAGGCUGACGGCUUAUAGUUGAAUGAUUUAAUCACAUAAAUUUGGCAUUUUUUGUUUCUUCUUGUUAGCAGUUUUGAUGACUUCAGUUUAAAUUAUAUGCUGUUGGACGGCUUAAAUCUCCCGGCUAUGGAUAUAAGGACUGGACUGUCAACGGUAAACACCUUUGCAGCACGAACUUCACCCGAAUUCCUUAUUCUAAGCGUGCUAUAGGGACAAGCCCUAGAUGACUCUUGUCGACAACUCUGAAGAUGCCACAAGCUAAAAGUGAAUAGACAAUGGGGUUUCGAAAGAUGAAGAAGAAGAAGAAGAAGUAGAGGCAUUCACUGUGAGAGGUUUAGUUGAGGUCUGAUGUUUCAAGCAGUGACUUUGCCUAACCAUCUUCAGAGACAGGGAAAUCAUUCGCGCAGCUCUCGUUAUAUGGCGCAUUUUGUUUGACCCGUAGGCCGUUAAUGCCGACUAUGACGCUGAGUAUGACGCCUGUUUCUCCGCGACCUGCGUCGCUCCCGUCCCCGCUGACGGCUGAGAUAAUCGGCAGCCUCGGUCGCUUUACGCCGUCACGGUCUGCUGUCAAGACAGCUCGUAAAACCAGAUAGGAGGAGGCAAACUGUUGUGGCCACAUCAAACUCCGAAGAUUGGCAGGCGAAAUCACUACUCGAAUCGUAAUACCCCAAACAGACCUAUGCCGAAUGAACGACUCCUCUUCUUCUGAUAUGCGUCCUGAGAAUUGCACUUCCACUUUUAUGGAUAAUGAGAGUUGUUAUACGAAAACGUAAAGUGUUAGGAGGAAACCUCAGCAAAUGCCAGCAUUUUUAUAAAAUGUUUCCAUCCACGUUGAUCCAUCAGGCUUAUAGAAGAAGAGUAAAGCCUACGCCAAAACGACGAGGAUUGUUCGGCUUACUUACGAAUGAGAAAGACCGCUGAGGAACGGCCAGAAGAUAGAUUAUCAUGAAACAUAUAUUAAAAACAUUUCUUCCGCGACAGCACUUUGGUCUGGAUUGGGCAUCUUUCCAGGAAGCUUAUCAGUUCGCGUGUACUAACCCCAAAACAAACCCCAUGCUCAGGCUUAGCUUUAAACCUGACCCUUACCUUAACCCUUGCCACAAACUUAACCCUGGCGAUAAACCUAACCCUCACCCUAACACCAACCCUAACUUCAGCCCCUGACCCCAAACUCAGCCAUAAUUCUAGCCUUAACCCACCCCUAAUCUCCCUGGAAUUUAACGCAGGGCCACUAUUGUGUCGGGGAGUUGCUAUUCCCGUGUCCUAUCUCGCCCUUUCUUCCAAGUUACAAACGUGCGGCAGGUGGAACUUCGCAUAAAUAGCAUUUGAAGCGAACUUUUUGAUCUUUCUGCAAGAAAAUAUACAGGAGAUGUGCUAACUCAUGAAAUGUUAGCCGAAAUCCUGAGAUGCGUUUUCGACUCGAAAAGAUUACUUAAGAAGAGUUGUAAUAUUAAUCACCGUGCAACAUAAUCCCGUGUCGGCUUUAGCACGAACUUUUUUCCGGCCACCUGCGAACACUACACCCUGCAAGAAAUGACUACUGAGGUAGCAUGGGUUUUUCGCAUUAAUUUCCGAUGCCGUUAUAAAUUCGAAUAUAUUUCAUAUUAAACAUUCAUAACAAUAAUCAUUCUUUUACUCACUUGACGGAGAAUUACGUCUUCUUCGAAUUUUGUAUUUGGGCUGAGAGUAUAAAUCGAUUGUAAAGAGUUUCUAAUUGUGAGAAUUUUUAAAACCGGUUGUAAAAAACUUUUCCAGUACCCGAAUAAUUAUGAACCCGACCUGCCGCUACAUUUGCACUCAGGGUUUCCGAACUGCAGGCUGUAUAUUUUUCGUGUACGGAAAAUCGCACAUUUCUUCACGGUAUUAAGAGGAGAUCAUAUGGGGUUCAUAAAAUUUAGCAAUGGACUUGAGCCGCAUUGUAAGUCUUACAAAGUACAUUAGUAAAUGCAGAGACAUGACGUUUUAUGAGCGGGCAUUUCACAGUUCUAAAAAUUCUCACAAUUAGAAACUCUUUACAAUCGAUGUAUACUCCCAGCCCAAGUACAAAAUUCGAAGACGUAAUUCGCCAUCAAGUGAGUAAAAGAAUGAAGUGAGUCAAUUUGCCAAGCAAUCGUCACACCAGCAUCCAACACGGAUGACGGAAUCAUGGCAAUUAAUGACUCGGACGCAGACUGACAAGCCACCACAUAUGGUUCCGCGGCAGCCACGUGCAAUAAAUACUGCACUCAUUGUGUCACCAUUAGCCUUAUCUGUGACUGUCUCCGAUGAUGGAUUCGAGUGGGAAUCCGAAACGUCAGACCAAUAAAUUUCUUGUUCCAGUGAUCGCAUCUUCGUCUUCUGAACUGCUACCUGGAAGUCGCAUGUUAGCUUCUAUCAGCGAUUAUUUUUAUGCAUAUUUACUAUGAAAUACAUUCGAAUUUAUAACGGCAUCGGAAAUUAGUGCGAAAAACCCAUGCUACCUCAGUAGUCAUUUUUUGCAGGGUGUAGUUUUCGCAGGUGACCGGAAAGAAAUUCGUCCAAAAGCCGACACGGGAUUAUGUUGCACGGUGAUUAAUAUUACAACUCUACUUAAGUAAUCUUUUCGAGUCGAAAACGCAUCUCAGGAUUUCGGCUAACAUUUCAUUAGUUAGCACAUCUCCUGUAACUGACCGUAGACGCUUAAUUAGAGCAUUUUUCCAAGUUGUUGUGGGAUACUCAGACAACGGUCAGCAUGCUAGAGAAUACGCAGUGACUUCUGUCUAUUCUUUGUGUUCCAAGGUUUGACGCUGUACCAAGCCAGUUUUCAUUUACUAUUUUCAUUGAAAAGUUUCCCUAGAAUAUUCAUGAGUGACUGCCCACCGUUUUUCUGUGUAGGCAAUGCCAAAAACACUGCAUAGAUGGAAAUGAAUAAUAACACAUCUAUAGUAGUUUUCCCAAAAGGAAAUAUUUGCCAAGAUUGCUUUGUCCGGUCGCAAAAUACUAUGUUUUUGAACUAUUAAUCGCGAGAUGUUGCAGCUUGUGUCUUACUCUACGUGUUUACUAAUAUUCCCAAGGUUACUUAAACUACUCAUUCAAUCUGUCGUUUUUCAGCCUCUCCAUCUUAUUUCGGGGCUCACUGGAUGUUCCACCGUAAAGAUUUCAUAAGCGAAGACCUUUUGAAUGAACAACCCUGUUCCAAGUGACAGUUCCCGAAACGCAAUUCUGCAAACAGACAUCUGAUUUGACAUCUAAACAUAGGCGCAACAUUACUAGUUAUAUUUCUAUGUGAGAUUAUCCUAAAUAGCAAAUUAACAGGCACGGGAAGGGUUAUUUGCCACUGAACAUGUAGUAAGAUAUGCUCAAUAUUCAUAUCGGCACUGUAAGAAGGCUUAAAAUUAAAUUUUGAGGUUCUCGUUAGCGCUGAGAUGUGGCAAUCACUUCUUCGUUAUUUGUAAUGAUCUUUCAAAUGGCCCCAUUCAUGUAAGCAAAACCCCUUCAUUCGCGGCUGAGUAUAUUUUUCAUUUCAUGGGCAAGUUCAGAUCGUUGAAACGGCCAAGCCACUGACCCAGUAUUACUUGACAAGGAGGACACACGAUGACAAAGAGGAACACAAAAAGAAACUCUUUGAAGAUUUAGCCCCCCUCCUGAAGGUAAGUCAUCUCCCGAAAAAUAAAGUAUCAAUGUUAAGUGUCUUUCGAAAUGGACCGAUUGUGUGAGUUGACAGUAGUUAUGCGUAAAACGAAUUCUGGGAAUAGUUAUGUGCAGUUGCUCUCACGCUUUCUUCCAACUUUCUGUUAAGUUCCAGUAAAUAGGAGUAAGAGCGGAAGCACAAAAUAACCCGGAAAAUUGCCUCGAACUGCGCGUGCGACAGAGUAUCACCGGUUUGCUUUUCCACCAUUCGUAUGCCCCCUUCCAGAGCUACUAUAAGAACACUAUUACAAGAUGCCAUCACGAUCUGGGUCGUAGUCUUUGGGACAAAGUCUUCUCGUUUGUCGUCCCCCUUCUCAACCAUGACGUCUUAGAUUACGUGAUGGGGUAAAUGUGUGCCACUUGGUUACACCGAGGAAGGAUCUCACGAUGUGGGUCUCUCCCUCAAUUGUGUGCCAGUAGCUGGAAUGUUUUAUGGUCACUGGAGGCAACAUCUGGUGCGAUGGCUUCCUAGCCAUUUCGCCCUCUAUCUCGCACACCCCACACGUGAUGUUCCUCCAACUCGCGCAAGCCAGUCAUCCUGGGGCAUUUCUUUGUUAAUAGAAUUAUUUGCCAACUUUUCGGCCUGAUGAACCAGCGCAGUCCGCUUCGGGACCCAGCUUCGGUAGUUCGCACAUCACAAGCGAUGCUGAUCAUCACCACCCUAGAGGACACAAAAGUUACUUAUAGUGGGGCGGACUUGCCCAGAACCCAUAACACUCCCUCUUUUUCAUGCAUAUCGUGCCAAAUGACAGCAUAGAAUUAGGGUUAGUGGAGCUGGCGGUGGGCGAUGUGACUGAUGUAUUCUACUGGCUGCCUGUCGGCAGUUAAUGAAUAUUACGCGGUUAUCCGCUGUGGCUGAUGGACUAUAAACCAAAUAUGCAUGCAUAAACGCUUUGGUCUGAGCCUAUAGACCUUAAAUACACUGACCUACCCCAAGUUAGCAGCUAAUUUCUAAGGAAAUUAAAGAGCAACAGUGACUGACAAUGCCAAAUGGUUCAUCUACGCGCGCUAUUGUCUCUGGCUUCGUACACAUCGAGCUGUAACAAGAGGGUCUUUGGACUAACAAUAAGGGGGUUAUCGCAGUCUACCUUUGAGUCUAUAGGAUGACCAAGUUACCCCGUCAACUGUUCGAUUGUCAAUAGUGAGGUAAUUGAGCGUUGAAAUCGAGUUGGGUCGACAUCAUUCUUCCUUCGCUUUCCCGAAUCCCGACGGCCUUCAUGAGCCAAACCGACUGAAAAGAGACUGGGCGCAGGGAUGGAGUGAUAGGAGGCCGCUACGCAACUAGUAUUACUAAUAGGCUCGGGUUGAAGAAAGGUGGAAGGUAUCACUGGGCUCACUGCAGAGGGGACCCACUGACGUCUCACACCGUUCAAAAAGCAGACCCACUUGUCCUUUCUCCCUACAAAAUUCUAAACCACGAUGUUUAUUACGUUAGAUUUACCAUAGUGAGGCAUGUGUCUAAAUUGUAUGAGGACGGGUGCCUCCGGUUUAUUCCCAGUCUCACCCGUUUCACAACCUAACUACUCCUCCGACCCUGCCGGUCAGCGGGCGAUGAAAUUAGGUGCAUCGGCUGUCGUGUUGACCUCCACCUAGCACGGACUCCAAAAAACACAGACGCAUGGAUACUGGGUAGCGAAUCCACGCCUGCGGGGUAUUCCGAUCAACUGGGGGACAACAAACGGGAGAACUAAAAUGCAUUAGGUGUUCCAUUAGGCCCACUAGAUUUACUUGUAAAAUGUAGUCAAGGCAGCUGGUUUAGAGCGACUGUGCUUGAUGUAUGCACGCUGACAUUUCCGUGAGCGCCCGCGAGGCAUAAGUCUUUAAAAGCUCUGUGAUCCAACCAGGCCGAAUGCUAUCGAGGUACUGCCAUAGAACCACUUCCAACUGCGCUCAGCCUACAUGACCAGCCUGUACGACAGCUCGCAACCACCUGAACCCCGGGCACACAACCAUUCGUAGCCGGUUGUAGCAACUUCGUCGCCGCUUGGAAACCAGCCUGAGUCCUCUUGACUGAUGCUCUUGGAGAGCUCAGCUACUACUUGGUGAAAAUUGGCAUGCUGGUGUCGACUGCCGGAUGGAGACGCUAACCAUGUUUUGCGUGGGUAGGCGACAAAAGAGGGUGACUACGACGGCGAUGAUGCAGAGCCGUGAGCACAGUGUUUGCAGCUACUCUUCCAAGACAACUACCCCCUCCCGCCACAGCACAAUAUUCCAGGAGUCGAUCGAUAUGCUGCCAAUGCCACUGUUUCAACCAAAUGCCGACAUCUUUUUGGCAUACCCGAUGUCUUUUAUUUGGCACAUUCUGAUAAAUAUCUAGAAUUUGCUCGAGUGCAGUGCCUUUAAAUUUCGUCAUGACUCACCGACUGGGCUCAAUAAGUCGACGGCUGGGAAAAGAAACAAAAAGCCGGCUACAAAUGCUGGAUGAGUAUUCUAUCGUAAGGCUGCUGCAAACGCUUACAAAUGCACACGAGAAAGCUCACGGUGGGAGGGAGCGAGAGAGGAAAAGCAUUUCCCUCAAAAGGGGCACAAUCAGGAGGCAGUGGCUUUUUCCACACAGCAACAGCGUAGUUAGCAACCACGACCUCGCUCAUUUUAGACUAUUUGUCAAACGAACACUCAUCCAGUCUCGCGUUCGGCGAAUGCUUGUCGGUUGAACGAGAAGCCAACUAACCAACACUUCCUCGUGUUAAGCUGUCCGCCAAGCUUCGCAAUUCCUAAUACCGGUCUGAUGACUAAAUGUGUUAUAAAUGACCGAAAGUGCUCAUAACCUGAGUACAAGGCAUCAUAGCUUGGACUUCAACAUCUGCCGGUUAUUUAUUCUGUCGGCCAAUUAGUACUUUUGAUGGAGAUUUAAAGAGUCGGGCGAUAUUAACCGAACAUCCUACAGAUGGCUGUCAACGCAAUGGCCAUCUAGAUCACGUCUUUAUGAUUACCAGUGAGGUUAUAGGGGUUGCGCGCUGGAUCAGCUGAAAUUGCUAAGUGAUGGAUGUUGAUACUUCAGUAAGCAGUUAAGCAUAUGCACACCUUCCACAUAACCCAUCAUUGGUAUAUUUGGUGAACCUGCGAUUUCAACCGUCUGGCUGAAAUUUUGGACAGAUUGCGGUAAUGAUCUUAGGCGGGGAAAUUGGCGUGUACAAGGUUGGAGAACUUAUUGCAUGCAGGUGGAUGAUCCGACUGCUGGUGGACGAUUUAUCUGGAAAUUGACAAUUUAUCGCCACCACUGAGUAGAAAUGCCUUGUAAGAUUCCAAGUGUGAACUUUAAAGCUUCCUGAGAAAUGAUGCCAUUGCCGGCGGACCAGGUCCUCUUCCACUAACGCUAGUCCUCCUUUCAAUAAUCACCCUGCGGGGGUGACAAGAUCUAAUCUCUGUGUUCACUUGCCCCGUAAGCCUUUUGUUUACUCCUCGCCAGAUGAUUGACAAGAUGUUGGAGGAAGUGCCCGGCUCAUGUGCGGCCUCCGCGAAUGUCACCAUUGCCGACUUCUACUUGUUGCCUUUUGUUGACUUCCUGCUGGCCAACAAACCAGACUGUCUGCAACCCUACCCAGAGAUGAUGGCCUGGCGAAAGCAUCUGAUGGAGACUGACCAAGGAGUUGCUAAGUUCGUCGCGUCUCAGACCCUCACUGUUGUCUAA